UUCAAGAAGCAACCAACCACAAACUCAUCGAAAAUGUUCAAAUACGCCGUCGUUCUCUUCGCCCUCAUCGCCUGCGCCGCCGCCAAACCCGGUCUUCUUGCUGCCGCUCCUUUGGCUUACGCUGCUCCCGCCGCCGUCGUUGCCGCUCCAGCCCCAGUGGUGACUGCCACCAGCAGCCAAGUGAUCGCUCGCAACUACAAUGGCAUCGCCGCUGCUCCAAUUGUCGCUGCCGCUCCCGUAGCCGCCCCUGUGGUUGCCCGUUAUGCCGCUGCUGCCCCUCUGGCCGCUCCAUUGGUUGCGUCACACUACGCCGCUGCUCCUUUAGCUGCUCCAGUUGUUUCCCAUUAUGCUGCUGCGCCGUUGGCUGCCGCGCUCUGGUAA